UCUCGGGCGUGCUACGGGCGUGGAAGAGCGAGGCGGUCGGUGGGCCUGCGCGGAGAGGCGCGGCGGGCGGGUGCUGGGGGUCCCGCCGUCAGUGUGGGGCUGUCGUCGCUCGUGGUCGGGUCGUCCUGUGGCGCCGCUCCGUGCCAACCGCUGCCUUUACAGUCCCCGCUAACACCACAACUACUGCUUUUAGUGCAACAGACUUCUGGAAAGACUCUCAACCACCUCAACAUGAAUGGAGACUGCAAAACUAUAUCCAGCAUGAACGACAGAAUCCAGGUCCUGAAAGAGCCCCGGUGAAAUUAAAAGGAGAUAUAACGUUACGGAGAAACUGGCCAGAAACGGGUUAAAAAGUGUUCAUUUUCUUAUCAAAGACAGAAAGACCAAGCUGAAAUGAGACUUCGGAUUCUUAGGUGUCAUCAAUUACCGUGUGAGAACCAAAACCUGCCAUUGGCGAUUCGAAGUGUUGAACCCGACCAAAAAAUAUCGGAAAUAAUUGGAAACCAAAAUUCUUUAUAAAAAAAACCUUGCUUCUUGUAGAGGCAGCAAAGGUCCAUUGCACUAACAAAAACCACCGAAUGAAGUAGUGUGUGAUAGUGACGUCUGGUUAAAGGAAUAUGCGGUCGAUGGCAGUGACUACGGUGCCACUGGCUUGAUGGCACCUGGCACUCACAGAACUACAUAAUAUAAUAGUUGGGGAGCCUAGAUAAUAGGACGGCUGACGUAAUUUAGAAUUCUUUACACCGUUAAUGUGACGUUUGCACGCACCCUCCGCCUCCCAACUCCUGCUUCUGUCAUCGUGUCAUUAGUUCUAUUGCGCACCCAAGUGUUAGAACUUUCUUAGACAUCCUUCAAGGAUAUAGCGGUAAUCUGAUAACUAGCAGAGUUCCAAGUCCGUGUUGAGUUUCUUUAUAAACCCGCUUUUUCUAGCAAAUGCAUCUUGGUGAUAACUGUAAAUCCUGAAGCUGUUCUGAGCGACUGAAAAACGAAAGAGUUAAACAUUAAAAAACGUUGAGACUCCCCCCCCCAAAAAAAAAAAAAAAAAGAAAAAAAGGAAAUUGGAAGACGCUUUCUUUCUUCAUGUCUCUCAGGCAUUUCUUUCUCUCUCCCACGCCUCUUCCUGUGCCUGAAGUGUUCUCAACCUUAUUAGAAUUUCUGAGCUCGAAGCAGCUCGAAACACUUGGCAGAGUGAUAGCCAGUGAUAGAACUGUUAGAGAAGAAUUUAACUCAAAUGAAGUUUGAGUAACUUUGCUCAAAAAGUUAUUGUUGUAUUAGAACUUGCUCCUCUGCCGGGACUCAUUCUUGGCGCAGUUGGGCCUUAACUCCGGUAUGCUAUCAAAAAUUACAAAAGGAAAGCACUAAAGUUGCGCCAUCAGCAGGCCAAGGAAACAACAACCGGUGAACAGAAUGUUAACGAAAAUCCCUCGUAGUCCGUAAGGGUCCUGUCGAAACUUUUAUCUGUGUGCAAACUAUGUGUGUGUGUUCUUAAUGUGAUUAAAACGCCUAACUGACAAAUCUCCCCACAGUUUCGUGAACGAACGCAAAAAAGGAAAUACUUUGCGGAUAUCGGGUCGCUACGAUAUUCACCGUUCGCUGCAGGUCUUAGGAAAAUAAAACUAAGCCUGGGUGAAUAGAUCUAUCACGGGAGAAACUGUGCUCCUGAAGAAUGUACGAUGGAGCGAGUGAGGGGAGUCGACUGAGGUUAGGCGUGGGCGUGAGCAGGCCUCUGUGGGCGUGAUAUUAGAGCCGCAAGUGCCAUGAGGAUGGGGGUUAUGGGCGGUCCUCUGCUUCCUUGCCUCGCGCUUCUCCUGGUUCUCCAGCCGCCCUCGACUCACGCCCGCAAGAAGAUUGAUGUGUUCGUCGCUGGAUUCUUCCCCGUUGGGGAAGGCCCCAAGCACUCUCUCGGCAGAGGAGUAAUGCCCGCACUCAACCUGGCGGUGAAGCACGUGAACGAACACCCGACGGUACUUCGGAACUACAAGCUACAUGUUAUUUGGAAUGACACUCAGUGCGACACCGCCGUGGGGACCAAGUCGUUCUUUGACAUGAUGUUCGAGAAGCCAAGGAAGGUGAUGCUGUUCGGCGCCGCUUGCACGCACGUCACGGACCCCAUCGCCAAGGCCGCCAAGCACUGGCACAUCACGCAGCUGUCGUACGCGGACACCCACCCCAUGUUCUCGGCAGUCAAGUACCCCAACUUCUUCCGCAUGGUUCCGUCAGAUAAGGAGUUCAACCACCCACGCGUCCACCUGCUGCAGCGGUUCAACUGGACUCGUGUCGGAACCCUCUUCCAGAAUGAACCGCGACACGCUCUGGCCCAAAUCCACUUCGGUGUAAUGCUCGAACUAAGAUCAAUACGAAAUCGCCGAGAUCAGGAGUUGCGGGACGAGCUGAAGGAUCAACUGAAGAAGCUGGAGGAGAAGGACGUCCGGAUUAUCCUGGGAUACUUCGACGAGAAAUGGGCAAGAAGGAUAUUCUGGCGAGCUUACAGGCAGGGAUGUAGGCAAGAACUACAAAUAUAUCCCACUUCUCGCCGACUCAACUCGGCGCACUUCACACGCCGUAGAGGGUCCUCCGUGUGUUUCUUGCAGGUUGCAAUCUGCAAGGCUUGUGCAAGGCGGCUGGGUCGCAUGUACCGCGAGAAGUGGUGGGACCUCCGAGGGAACGGCGACGGGGACGAGGACGAGAGCCUGGACUUCGAGGACGAGCCGCCGGAGUCCGGGGGGAGCGGCUGUUCCGUCGAGGACAUCAUGACGGCGCUCGAGGGAUGCAUCAUGACGGACCUCCUGCCGCUCGCCACCCGCUCGCUCACGAAGACGGUGUCCGGGAAGAAUAUCACGCAGUACGAGGCGGCCUACAACAGGCUGCGUCGGAACGAGUACUCCCGCUUCCAUGGCUACACCUACGACGGCGUGUGGGCCAUGGCGCUGGCCAUCCAGGCGGUGGGCCACAAGCUGCAUAAGGAGAACCGCUACAGAAAUACGAGUAUCACAGUGAAAGACUUCAGGUAUUGGGACCAAAUGUGGGAGGACCUCUUCACCAAAGCGCUGUCUGAGGUCAAGUUCGACGGCGUCACGGGUUCUGUUCAGUUCACCAAGGACAACACGAGAAAAGGCUACAUCCUCUUGAAACAAUUCCAAGGCGGGCGCGAGGUCAAGAUCGGCGAAUACGACGGCCUGGACAACGUGCUGCAGCUGGACAAGGGCCACCCGAUCUACUGGCCCGGCGGCAACCCACCCCUGGACCGGACCAUCAAACUCAUCGAAAAGACCAGCGUCAACAUCAGCAUCUACGCCGUGCUCGUCACUAUGGCCUCCUGCGGCAUCGUCAUGGCCUCGGUCUUCCUGGCCAUCAACAUCAAGUAUAGAAAUCAGAGGUACAUCAAGAUGUCCUCGCCGUACCUCAACAACAUGAUCAUCGUCGGCUGCAUCCUGACGUACACCUCCGUCAUCCUCCUGGGGCUGGACUCGGAGCUCACGAGCGAGACCAGCUUCCCCUACAUCUGCACGGCGCGGGCGUGGGUGCUCAUGGCCGGCUUCACGCUCGCCUUCGGCUCCAUGUUCUCCAAGACGUGGCGAGUGCACUCCAUCUUCGCCGACAUCCAGCUGAACAAAAAAGUGAUAAAAGAUUACCAGCUGUUUAUGGUGGUGUUGGUGUUGCUGUGCGUCGACGUUGCCAUCAUGACGACGUGGCAGAUCGUAGACCCGUUUUACAGGGAGACCAAACAUCUUACACCUUACGUACGUGGAGACAUACUAGUUAUACCAGAGAACGAAUACUGCAAGAGUUCAAAAAUAUCAGUUUUUAUAGGUUGCAUUUAUGCCUAUAAGGGUCUUCUCAUGGUAUUUGGGUGUUUCCUGGCAUGGGAAACUCGUCUAGUUAGUAUUCCGGCACUGAACGAUUCGAAGUACAUUGGUAUGAGUGUAUACAAUGUAGUGAUCAUGUGCAUUAUUGGUGCACCGAUAUCGUACAUCUUAAGUGACGAACAAGACGCUUCUUACCUCAUCAUUUCCGCGUUCAUUAUCUUCUGCACAACGGGAACCCUCUGCCUCGUCUUCGUGCCUAAAAUCAUCGAGUUGAGACGCAACCCGCAAGGCACCAUCGAGAAGCGCAUGGUUCGGGCGACGCUGAAGCCACCCAAGAGAACCGACAGUGACUCCGACGUGUCCGACAUGCAGGAGCAGAUCAAGAAGGCGGAGAACGACAGACAGAUAUUCAUAAGAAGGCUGCACGAGCGGGAACAGAUGCUGCAGGUCCUGAUAGAGCAACUAGGGGACGAUGCCCUUGGGGAUGUGGAGGGACACCCCGCCAGGCGGCCCUCCAAACCACGGUCCAUUGAGAGACUGAGGAUAGAAGGUAAGGCGGCCGUGGGGAGUGCAGAGGAGAAGGUGGAUUAA